CCGUCGGCCGUCUUCCCAGCUGCCAGUGUUUGGUUUGCGUUCGUCGAGUCGCUCCUCGGUCUGUCGGACAUCCGAUCGCAUUCGUUCUCAUCGCACAAGGCGAAUUUCGCACAAGGCGAAUUUCGCACAAGUGCGCGCCCUUCGUCCAUCCGACUCCGUGGCCAGGUCGGACACAAACGACCUCACGACUUUUCUUCCAUUCGGAUAAUGCCCUUAUCCACUUGUAUGCUUUAAAGUGGAACCUUUUAAAACUAUAAAACCCCUGGGAAAUUUCUCAUUUAAAGGAUCCUCUUGUUAAAGAUUUGAUUUGGUGAAACUGCGAUGGCGGAAGCCCAUUCGGCCGUUGCCUUUUCCUUUUCGAUCACCCACGAAGGAUGGGACGUCAACUUCGACCGGGAAGUUCUUCACCUGGUCUGGGCGUCCGGUGUAAGGUCUUGGAAGAAGCGUUUAGCGAGGUUCAAGAAUAACUUAAAAAGUGGACUGUUUCCAUCUCCUGUUAACAGUCUAUGGGCGACUGUUGCUGUUAUGACAGGAUGCCAUUUUGCAGGAGUUAAAAUCCCUUAUAUAGAAGAGCUUCUGUUAUAUAUGCCAGAAAAGUCAACAAAGAAUCAAAUAAUGGCGUGCUGCGGAUUUUCAGUUGCGUGUUGGUUGGGCGUGACAUAUUCUUUAAGAUAUGCAUUGAAGUUGCUUUUCAUGUACAAAGGUUGGAUGUAUGAAGAAAGAGGACCUGGAAGCAAAAUAUCACUGAAAACCCGUCUUUGGGUUAUGGCUGUGAAAACACUGACAGGCCCAAGUAAACCGAUGUUGUACAGUUUUCAGGGCUCACUUCCCAGAUUGCCACUUCCCAGUGUACCUGAAACGAUGUGUCGUUAUUUAAGAAGUGUCCGUCCUCUACUAAAUGAUGAACAAUACAUUCGUAUGGAAAAGUUAGCUAAAGAAUUUCAAAAUGGAAUCGGCAAGAAAUUGCAAAGAUACCUCGCUCUAAAAUCAUGGUGGUCUAGCAACUAUGUGUCUGAUUGGUGGGAGGAGUACGUUUAUCUCCGUGGUAGAUCUCCUUUAGUCGUUAAUUCAAAUUUCUACGGAAUAGAUACAUUACUCAUGUUUCACACAAACAACCAGGCAGCCAGAGCUGCUACUGUCAUUCAUACGAUACUCCAGUACAGGAGAUUAAUAGAAAGACAGGAAUUAGAACCUAUAUUACUUCAAGGGAUAGUUCCAUUGUGUUCAUGGCAAUACGAAAGAGUAUUCAAUACAACAAGGGAACCAGGAGUGGAAACAGAUAAAAUUGUUCACUACUCCGAUUCAAAGCAUAUUGUCGUUUAUCACAAAGGGAGAUAUUUUAAGGUCCUAAUUUACUACAAAAAUAGAAUUCUUUUGCCUUGUGAAAUUGAAAUUCAGAUAAAUAUGAUUUUGGAGGACAAAUCUGAACCUGUUGAAGGAGAAGAAAAGCUUGCUGCUCUCACUGCAGGUGAGAGGACGCAUUGGGCCAAUACGAGGCAGGAGCACUUUUUCAAAGGCACCAAUCGACACAGUCUUGAUGCUAUUGAGAAAUCUGCUUUUGUCGUUGCCUUGGAUGACAUUCCUUAUGAAUUUGAUGAGAAGGAACCACACAAAUUAGACAUCUAUGGAAGAAAUUUACUUCAUGGAAAGGGUUAUGACAGAUGGUUUGACAAAUCUUUCACCUUGUGUGUUGGAAACAAUGGAAGGAUUGGCUUCAAUUCUGAGCAUUCUUGGGCGGAUGCAGCCAUAAUGUCACACCUUUGGGAGUUCGCUGUUUCAGAUGAAGCAGGACAAGAAUGGGCUGAUGCUCCGGUGAUGGGCCACAUGUGGGAAUAUGUGGCAGCAGAUUUUGAUGGGUACGGUCCGGACGGACGCACUCUUGGAGUGCCUGAGUUCAAACCUCCUGCGCCAAUCAGGUUGCAUUGGGAUUUCAAGCCUGGCUGUCUCAAUGCUAUUGACAGCGCAAAUCAAGUGGUCCAAAAAAUUAUUAGUGAUGUUGACUUAAGAAUCUACAUGCACACAAAUUAUGGCAAAGGUUUUAUGAAGACUUGUCGUCUUAGCCCGGAUGCUUAUAUCCAAAUGGCACUCCAGCUUGCAUAUUAUAGAAAUGCUGGAAAAUUCAGCUUGACAUAUGAAGCAUCAAUGACACGACUUUAUCGAGAAGGACGGACUGAAACUGUACGCCCCUGUACAGUUGAAUCUUCUGCAUGGGUUAAAGCCAUGGAAGAUAAAUCGAAAACGACGCAAGAAAAAGUAGCCCUUCUGCAGAAAGCUUGCAAACAACAUCAACUCGCAUACCAAGAUGCGAUGUGUGGAAAAGGAAUUGACAGACACCUCUUUUGCCUCUAUGUGGUUUCGAAAUAUUUAGAAGUUGAUUCUCCAUUCUUAAAAGAGGUGCUAAGUGAACCAUGGAGGCUUUCUACAUCACAAACGCCACACGGCCAAACAUCAAAAUUAGACCUGAAAAAAUUUCCAAGGUGUAUUUCUGCAGGUGGUGGUUUUGGACCUGUGGCCGAUGACGGCUACGGUGUAUCAUAUAUAGUCGCUGGAGAAGAUAUUUUAUUUUUUCACAUUUCUAGCAAGAAAAGUUGCCCAGAGACUGACUCGAGCAAGUUUGCUUUAGACAUCGAACAGGCUUUGAAAGACAUUCAAACAUUGUUUGUACAAUAUAAAAAGGAGACUCAAAAGAAAUAGUAGCUGAAUUUGAAUUUAAAUAAGGAAAUUGAGUAUGCAUUACUCAUGAGUGGACAACAUUAUAGUUUCACUAUAAAUGAGUGAUGACUAUGUAUAGAUAUUUAUGCUCAUAUCUUUUUACAUAAUGUUAAGUUUUAGGAAAGAUUUUUGUCUUAAAUUGAAUUGUAAACAGUCUUAAGAGAUAUUUGAUUUUUUUGUUGAACUAAUAGUGAUAUUUUAAUUGUGUGAGAGAUUUUUCAACUUGUAUUUUAUUUAUUAUCAUUCACAGAAACCAAACUUUCAAUUUUUCAAAGGAGCCUUAUCUAAUACUAUAGUAAAAAAUUCUGUAUUUUUGAUAAAAAGCUUUUGUAAUAUUUAUAACAGCAAAAUCAAAACCUAAAAAGUAUAUUCAUAACAAUAAGUAAAUAGCAAUAUCAUGGGACAAAUAAAAAGUUUUUUUUUAAUUAUAUAAAAAGUCUGAAUUAGUUCGUUUGUGGAAAUUGUUGAUUUUAUUACUUUACACUUUAGUUAAUUAGUUGUUAUGUGCGAGUUGUUAUUGUUUUUGAUGAAAUAUUGGUUUAUAUAUAGUUAUUUAGCCAAUUUGUUACAAUUAAAGACUGUAUAUAUAAAUUUAUAUUUUAAAAUAAAAUAUUUAUAACAUUAAAAAAACAAAACAAUUAAGCAUCUGUGCUCCCAAUUACCUUAAUAAACAAUAUUUUAAAUUGCU